GAAUGGAGGAGGAAGGGCCCCUUCGGGUGGUUGAGUGAAAUUGUUCGGAAACUUUGCUCUUUGGAAGGAAAAAGAAAAAGGGGGGUUGGUUGGUUGGUUUGGAGCGUGAGAAACUGUAGAAGCGACAAUUCAGCGUGUAGAAGCAAGGGAAGGCACCAUGUCCCACAAAGGAUGCCUCAGUGUCACCAAGUACUUCCUCUUCAUCUUCAACCUCUUCUUCUUUAUUCUUGGAAGCCUUCUCUUCAGUUUUGGUUUAUGGAUCCUCUUCGACCAGAAUAGUUUUGCCUCUACACUAGGGUCAUCAAUUUUUGCCUUGAAGAUCUGGUCCUAUAUUUUCUCUGGGGUUGGCAUCCUCACAAUGCUCAUGGGAUUCCUCGGGUGCCUGGGCUCCCUCAAAGAAGUCAAGUGUAUGCUGGGAUUUUACUUUGCCUUCUUACUGCUUCUCUUUGUUGCCCAAAUCUCCAUUGGAAUUGUGGUAUACACGCAGCGCAACACGAUCCACGCAAAGGUCAGAGAAUAUGUUGACGACAUAAUUCAGAAUUACAAGCUGAACGGGUCCCUCACAGAUAAGGAGGAGAGCUGGGAUGUUGUGCAGGAGCAGUUCCAGUGCUGUGGAUGGAAUUCCUACCUGGACUGGCGAAACAACCAUGUAGUGCACAGCAAUGGCUCCUCCCUCUACCCUUGCUCCUGCCGAAAUAGUUCUCAGUCUGGCCAGCUGAUGACCAACAACACGGAGACCCCCAAGCCAACAGAGCCCACAGAAGGCUUCUGUGUUACCCGGGGACAGUGGCCUGUCUACAAGGAGGGCUGCAUGAACAACGUCCAGAUCUGGCUUGCCAACAAUAUAAUCACUAUUGUGGGACUCUGUCUUGGAAUUGCUCUCAUGGAGCUCUUCCUAAUGACGCUAUCGAUGUUUCUGUGUAAGACCAUCGGGCCCAACUAUGACAAGCUCGCUCGCUAUUCCUAGGAAAGAAAUCUGUCUUGGAAGUUGCUCACUCACUGUUCCCAGGAGACGGAUCUCCGUUUCCCAGAUUCCUCAUUUUAAAGGACUGCCUUAAAAUCCACUCCUUUCAAUUCACACAUUCCACUGCAGGGGUUUAAAGCAGUGGGUGGUAGGGCUGCAAGGUACUUUGAAUAGGUUUCUUUACCUAGUUUUAUUUUCACCUGGUACAAGAUAGGUUUAUUCUAACCUUAUCUUAGUAAAUUAAAUGAAACCUUCAAGAACGGCGGCCCUGACGAGAAAUGGCGUACGCUAUAUUCCCUUUGCUGGUCCAAAAUGUACAGACUAUCUCCGAAGUCCAAUCAGUCCACUGUACCGUCAUACUAUUUUACAUUUGAACAUUCACCUGAGCCAGCGCCCGCUUCAGUGUGAAGAAAACUGUUUUAUAGCGAGGUACUGCUGCCGGUACCCGAUGGUUUACCAAAUAGAAACUGAGAAGCCUUGGAACGGGAUGUCUCAAAGCAGUAUAAGCGCACCAGUAUUUAAAAUGUUUGGGUAAGUUGGUGUCAUUUGCUAACUCUUGCGGUCUUUUCACUCAACAAUGCACUGAGAAAAUUGACCUCCCCCACUCCUUUGGAUCUAGAGUUUGUGUCCUUCCUUUCUGAAGAUCGUUUUGGUAUCCAGAUAAAUCUGAUUUUAAAAACUUAGAUGAUAUUCCAGCAAGAGGUAAAUAGUAAUAAACCACGAAGGAUGCUGACUACCUCGCUGGCGAGCCUUACUUGUGAUUGGGAAAACAGGCCGGGAACAUUGGGUCCCCUAUUUGGUACUUGGGUUUCAGUACAAUACUCUAAAGGGUGGAGGGGGUGUACCCGAAGAGCCUUGCGAUGUGUUCCAACCUGGAGCCUGUAUGUUGCGAGAACCUCUUCUAAACAAUGCCGCUGCAUAACAUCCUGAAGUGCUAUCCUCGUCCUGACUUGACUAGCAUCUGAAGGAAAUGGUUCUCGUGCCCGAGCCUCCAUUUUGUUCUCUUCUUCCCUACAGCCCUCUCUAAACCUUCCUAAUUCUAAGGGAUUUUUGACCCUAAAUUCUCCCACCGUUUCCCUAAUUGUUAUUGACUGGAGUUACCUCAAAAAAAAAUUCCAUUCUGUUUUGUUCCAUCACAGCCCCUUGCCUAAGCUUCUAACCAUGUGUGUGUGUGUUCUGUUCUCACAGCUCCUUGCAUGUGCAGGAGCUCAAGGCAUACAGUCAGCUCCAGCGCAAGCAAAGGUUUCUCCCUCUAUUUCAGCUGCAGGAACAGAUCAGCAGCCAUGUUCUCACUGCCUGCGGCUUGGAAAAUAAAAGGGGGAAACUUUUGCUUCUGCUGGCUGCGUGCACAGUUGUGCAUUCCCAGACUUUGAGGGAGCCAUGUAUUCCCAUACCUUACCUUUAGCAACUAUAUGGCAUACUAUUGGUCCCCUCCAAGCUAGGGUGAAUUGUCUGACAUGCUUUUGACCCCGUGUGUUUCAUGCCUAACAUUCACACAGUGGCAGAUGGGAACACCCAUGCCUAACUUUUACACGUGCAUGUAUGAAAUGCAUAUAAUCCUGAAUGCCUGAGAUGGUGGAAUUGUGAAGGGAGCAUGCAAGUUUUGAAAGGGUAGAGGGUGGAAGAGAAUAUGUAUAAUUUCACCCUUCUCUGCAGUGGGUUUGUUUUUUUAGCAGUAUUGGAUUUUCUUUGUGUAAUGUAGUCUUCAUUUGUAAAUAAAAAAAA